AUGGCCGCAUCAGCUGCAAAUUCAACUGCGAAAUUCUGUCGUCGUCUCUUCCAGGAUGCAGCACCAAGGGUUGCAGCUCAGCAAACAAUGGAUCAGAUAAUUCGAGCCGAUCAGGAACGCUUUUCCGCCAAAUGGAAUUUCGAUAUUACGAAGGGCCCCUCGAAUUCCUGGCAGAUCAUUAAUGAACCUAAGGCUACUUUUUAUAUAAAGGCGCCACGACGUCUUAAGGCGAAAAGACGUCUGAAUCUUUCCGUGGCUGAGAGACUACGAAUGGACUUACAAACACCGAGAAAAGGAAUUCUCACGGAAUCCCCCCUAAUUGGGAACUUUACCUUCAACUUCACAAGACCCGAGCCGUUAUCACAGCCACCAGAACAAGUCGAUACAGCCCCAUGUCCGUGCUUUGACUACGCUUUACCAAUAAGUUCUAUCGCCCAGUGUACCGUGCCAUGCGGCAGCAACGGCGUGCAGCCAACGCCUCUGAUGGAUUCUGGCCCCAUUUUUAAACUUCCUUCUCCUGAAGUGAAGACGGUUAAGAAGAGAAAAUCGAAGCCAAAAAUGACUGGUGCGUUCGCUUCUUGCCACUUAGAUAUAAUGCUCUUUGUAAAGGUCAUAGUAUAA